CUGCUAGCUGGAGGCAACACUCAGACGCGGUGCCACACGUGUAUGCCUUGGGGGUGGGCGUGCGGUGACUGUUCGGAGCGUGUUCUUCUUCUUCUUUUGACCUGUAACGCUUUGCUCCUCUCGUUCCUCCCUUCUUAUUCACACAACUUUCUUUUCAGCGUUAUGUAAUUUUCUAACCUGAAAUAAAGCCACUUAUAUUCACUUAUUCAGACAUUUGUGCCCUUUUUUCCCAGCACUGCGCGAGGAACACUUUUGCCAACUUUACCAUUCUUCUUUCCGUUUCCUUUUUGUCUCCAUACAGCCCCAACACCGUGCAGAUCGCCCCGUUUUCCUCCUCUAGUUGGCUGCCUAAGCUAAAAUGGGUUCACUAUACCUCAUCCAUUUGCCGUCAUUUGGCAGCACCCUGUUGUGUCUUCUUUACUUGUAGAUGUUGGAACACUCCCUCUGUUGAGUCGCCCAUCUCGGGGUAGAAACAACACUUACUCAGAAUUGGUAGUGACCAGCCAAACAAACUGCUAAGAUGAUGGAAGCUGCAUCCUCAGGUUUGUCUCCGAUUGCAGUAAAACAGUGUACAAGUAAUUCAACAAAUCAAAGUAUGUCAGAAUCCUCCUCUGAAGAUGAAGCACUGGAAGACAUCUUGAAAGACGAAAAAUAUUGGCUGUAUUGUGCAUUAUGUGGAGAAAAGUUUCCUACCAAAAAGUUGCUUGAUAUUCAUAUGGUAGAUCAUGGUAUAAAAAAGAACACAUGUAAAGUGUGUGGGAAAUGGCUGAUGAAUAGUAGUAAUUUGAGGCAGCACAUGACCAUACACAGUGGAGAAAAGAAUUUCAUUUGUGAGGUUUGUGGUCAGCGCUUCAGGUUAAGAGGUUUUCUCCAAAGACACAAACUGUGCCAUUUACCUAAAGCUUACAAAUGUGACCAGUGCAGUAAGAGUUUUGCUCAUCCCUCUCGCCUUGCAGUGCACCAGAAGACUCAUGGAGAAAGGCACUUCCAAUGUGAGGUCUGUGGGAAGCUAUUUAACCAAAAGCCACAUCUUAAAACCCACAUGCUAGUUCACAGUGACAAGAGAAAAUAUGAAUGUAAAAUUUGUGGGAAACGCUUUAUUACUAAGGGAAAUUUAACUGUGCAUUCCACUCUUCACUCUGGUGACAAAAAAUAUGAAUGUUCAGAAUGUGGUAAAGGGUUUCCAGUGAUGAGUAGGCUGAAGAUCCACAUGUUGGUGCAUUCAGAGGAGAAGCCUCACCAGUGUCAGGAGUGUGGCAAGCAGUUCAGAUAUGGAGUUAGCAUUAAAAACCACAUGUUUAAACAUCAUGGCAUACAAAAAAUAUUCAAGACUGAGGGUGAGCAUGACAUCACUGUUUUAAAUGAUGAAAUACAGGAGGAAGAAAGGUGCUUCUCCUGUGGUGAAUGUGGCAAGUCAUUCACAUCAUUUAGUAGUCUUGAAGUGCACAUGAAUUUUCAUGAAACAAAAGGUGAAUCUUGUGAAACCCAACAUCAAGUUUCAAGUGAAGUCAGUCUUGGUGCAUCCUCAAAAAGCACCACACAGUACACCUACAAUACCAAACAGUACAGUUGCUACCAGACCAAACAGUACAAUUGCGAAAAGUGUGGCAAUCUCUAUGCAACAAGGAGUAGUCUUAAUACACACCUGAAGAGUGUGCACUGUGAAAAGAGGAGCUUUCAGUGCCCUCUUUGUGAUAAAGCAUUCACAAGAAAAAACUAUCUCAAUCUGCACAUGGUUGUCCACACUGGUGAAAAAAAAUUCAAGUGUGAUGAAUGUGACAAAUACUUUACCCAAAAAAGUAGUUUGAAUACACACAUGAAUUUACACAAAAGCUCUCUUCAGUGUUACGAGUGUGGAAAAAUAUUUGGGAGGAAAAUUCUUUUGAUGAGGCACCUAAACCAAGUGCACAAUGAAGACAUAAUAGAAGACAAGAAAGUCACGAGAUGCCUAAACCAAGUACACAGUGAAGACACCGUAAAAGACAAGAAUGUUAUGAGACGCCUAAAUCAAGUACACAAUGAGGACACAAUAGACAAGAAUGUUAUGAGCCACCUAAAUCAAGUACACGAUGAAACGAUAGAAGAGGAUAAAGUUACCAUAGCUGUUAUGUGUGAUGAAACUGAUGAUGAUGAGCUUAAACAAGAACUUCAGGAAACUGAUGAAAACAUAGUGUUAGAGGAAUCUAAUGUGAUUCUCUCUAAUGGAAUGGAUGAAGAGGCCUAUUGCAUUUUGUUUGAAAUUGAUAAUGUAGCAGAUAACUAAUGUAAUAAAUCAACCAAGGAUAUGAAUGUUAUAAGGAGUGUCUGUACUUAUUCAUUGGAAACUUUUCUUUUGGUGAAAAAUUAUAACCGGUAAAGCUAUACAGCCCAUCCGUGAAAUGUAUGUAAAUGCUAUCUGCCUGGGAGAAAGUUCUGUUCUUCCUCAUUUUUUUUUUCCCCCUUUCCUGUAAAAUAAACAAGAAUAUCAUAUAAUAUGUAUAAAUUUGUAGCCUUGGCCCCGCCCACAGGCGUGAUGUCAUAACGCAAGAAGCAAUCAGCGAGCAGCGGGAGUGGCGGCAACAAGUGAAUUUUCAAAAUCUUUGUUUUAACAUAUCUUGUAAUUUGCCAUAAGACAUUUUUUGGUGUUUGCUGCUACUGUAUAUUUCCCUCGCUGCAAUGUAGAUUUAUACAUGCUGUUUGAUAUUUUUGUUUACUUUAUGAUAAAGGAGAAAACUGAGGAGGAACAGAACUUUCUCCAAGGCAGAAAGCAUUCACAUAUAUUUCACAAACAGGCUAUAAAACAAAGCAUAGCUUUACUGAAAUGUUCUGUGAAAAGCAGUUGCCAUAUGUAUUUGCUGGAUUCAUAUAUUAUUUAAAAAGGUUAUCUACUUCUUUACAUUAGUUUCAUUGCUGCUAUAGAACUUACGCUAUCAUUUCAUGUAAACCAACAUCAGUUUAAAGAGAAUUAUUUUAAAAGCAUAUGUUUAGGUUUUAUUUAGCACAUUUUACAAAUCAAACAUUAUUACUUAUCCAACUAAAUAGAAGGCUUACAGGAAGUCCUCAUUAUUGUAACAUAUGAUGUACAUACAGGUUAUGUAACACUUCCCUGCAGUAUUGCAUUCAAGUGGUGUUAUUUGUACUUUCAAUGAAAGAGAUGAUGCUCAACAUUUGAACUUGAUUACUCUUGCAAGAUAUUUUCUAGAGAACUCAAUACCCUCCAAGAUAUGGCCAUCUUAUACUUCAUUACAUGUUAAUUUUAGAAUGUGUACUUAUGAGGUCAUUUUGUAGUUGUACAUGAAACAAAAUUAUUAAAUCUCAAACAUCAGAUUUUUCCAUCAGCACAGUGUGUACAAAAUUUCAUGACCAUAAUGUACCACCACAGAGUGCUGGGGAUCAAACUCAUGCCUCCUGAGUGUUACAUUAUUGGAUUUUUCAUUGCAUUACUGCAGUUACUCAAAUAUAUCACAACUGAUUUCCACAAAAAUAUCUUUGCUUAUGAAAAUAAUACAGUAAAUCUUG